AUGGCAACGUUGACCAGUUUCAUCGCACCGCCGCUAACCAGCGUAGUGUUGCUGCUGUUGUUCCACUUGAUAAAGGGCGAGUUUGCAGUGCAGUUUGGUGAAUCGCUCAAACCCUGUUCGGAUGCGGACGAUGGAAUGAUGCUGGAUCUGUCAGAGUUUCAGGUCAUACCGGAUGAAAAUGAUAGCAUGCUGCUGAACGGAAAAGUGCGCCUAAAUCGUGCGCUUGAGAGUCCAGUGGAGGUAAACAUUCACACCAAAAGACUAGAGCAGGGCGAAUGGAACGAAGCGGUCCUGGGACGCAAGGUGAUUGACCUCUGUCCACUGCUGCAGGUCAGCACGGAACCAUGGUUCGUCAUCACAAGCAUGAUGGGCAAAAAGGAUUGUCCCUUCACAGAAGGCCACGAGGAGUCGUUUUCGAUGCUUCCGGUCGGUGACUUUGGGUUUCAAAUACCUCCGGAUUUCGUAGGCGAUUGGAAGGCAUUCUUCGAGGUGACAUCGCAGGCCAAAACAUCUUGUAUGAUGGCCGAGUUUAGCAUCGUGGAGGUUUAA